GACAGAGUCCCUGACGUCACAGGAGGCUGCAUGAACCUCCCAGCAGUGCUCUUUCAGCACUAUCAGUUUUUGAAUUGAAAGUUGAGGGGGGAGGAGGAGGCAGGUAGAGUGUGAAGCAUCAGGUGUGCACGCAGAGAGAAAGAGGAGAAGAGGAUCAGCAGCAACCAGAUGACUGAGCUCAGUAGCACCGGACAUGUGAUAAGAGGAGAGUGAGACUGAAGUGGCUGAGUAACAGUAUGUGCAUGUUAAGAUCAGACAGAAGAACUGCAGGAGCGUGACUGACGACUUUGGGUCAUCAAGAUGCAAAAGAAGAUGCUGUUGGACAAGAAUUGCUCUCUAUAGUUUCUCCCUGGAUUCGUGCAUGAGGGUAAGAACUCAUACUUAACUAUGUAAAAUUAAGCUCUUUGAAAUCAUUAAUUUAAUUUGUACUACACUGACAGUUCACCUUAGUAUAUAAAAAUACAUUUUAAACUUGCAAACAUCUUCAGUUACAUGAUAGACAACAAAAUGAGCCCUACAUUCAGAAUUUAAUCUAAAAUUUUGUGUUAUUUAUCCUGAAAAAUAAGUUUUCCAUCAAGUGUUUCAGGGUGACAAUAUACUCUACUGUUUUUGUCAUACCAGAACUGAAAGCAAACGGUCUUUGAAUUUAUGUUCAGCCAGUGCAGGUGUAAGGAUGGUUGUAACAUCCUCUAUUUGAAAUGUAAAUUAAAAUGAAAUUUUACUUUUGUAUACCAUACCAUAUAAAGCCAGAUAUUCAGGAUAUUUGCAUCUUUGGCCCAGAGUAAAAGCAACGAUUUAAACCAUACUAAAAACAUUACUUCUCUUUCUUUGGACUAAUAAAGAUUUUGAAAAAUUUCUGUGCAUUUCCAGGCUGAACUCUCCCAUCUGAACUCGCCUCGUCCUCAAAUGUCUCCCAACAGAGUGGCUUCUGAUGGUGGAGAGAAAGCUCCCUCUCAUACCGCUAUAAUGGCCCCUUUAUGAGUCCAGACAAAGGGCAGAAACAGCCUUUUUAAGCAGCGUUUGGAGGAUACUGUUUCAGGAUAAGAUUCAGAUAAAAAUGUAACUCUGCUGAAACUGAACACAGUCCUCAUUUUAAUAAUGAAUGACACACCUAACAACAGGAAAGUACACUUCGGUUAAGAGUGUUGCCCCUGAAUUACAAUGUUUUUGUAGUUACUGUUUUGUUUUAAGACGCACAGAGGCUUUUGUGCUAAAACAAGCAUAGAAUAACACAUUCAAACACAUUAACACAUUCAAACUUGCAGACUAAAGCUCAAAUUUGGCUUGCUGGAAUGGGUUAUAAUUCUCCAUCAUGUUUCAGACUUUUCCAGUUUUGUUUUAUUAUUCUGUUGGCUGGGGAAAAAAUAAAAAACCCAAAAGACCAAGGCAUGCAGUUUAAAGUAAACUUGAUUCAUAUAGCCUGAAACCUUCAUACAAGCCUGUAUCUGUACUUCAACAGGUUUUAUCUCACUGUGGGAGCACUGCCUCAGGGAUUACAUGAGACCAGUUUAUAGGCCUGGUAAACAAUGUAAGCAGUGGUAGCAUUUAUUUGCAUAUUGGAGACAGGCACAAAACAUAUAAAUUUAGCUCCGCCACAAAAGACAGAAAUUGUGAACGUCAGAACAAUGGAGCCCAUUGUUUAUUACACAGAGCUAUCUUGACUUUCAGAGGUAUCUGAACAUCUGUGUGUGUCACUGUCAGCCGCAGCUCUUGACAUUCUGCCACACCCAGUUACAGUACAUCAGAUACUUAAAAUCCAACUGUGAUGUACUUUUAUUCAACUUUGAUACAGUUCACAGAUCAAUGUCGUGUUUUUACAGCACCAAAUUAUUUAGUAUAUACACACCCCACCACCAUCACCACCACCACAAUAAAAUCAAACCUAAGUCACUGCCAAAGCUUUUAUAAAAAAUAACUUUUAUCAAAAAUGAAUAACCAAAGUAUCCUGAUAUGAGCAGUCAGCAAACACACAAACCAACAUUUUUUGGGACUCUUAGAUUUUUUUCUUAUUUGUUAACUGCUUUAAAAGGGUAAAUAAGAGAAGAAUCAUUAUCCUGCAAAACAGCAGAAAGUUGUGUUAUAUCUGAGAAAUGGAUGGAAUUUCUGCAUAUAAAUACUAUUUCUUUUCUUUCUUCUUUUUCCUUUUGUUCCUCUCACGUCCACUCUGAUUUAUCUUUAUCUUUAUCUAAAACCAGCUCCAGCUCUAGCAGCCAUAAAAACAGUCAAAUAGCCAUUUAACCACAGAACAGGAAGCUUUAAUCUACUUUACACAUACAGUAACUUGCUGGUAAUAGAUCCUGUAUUUCUUGAAGUGAAAUUUUGAAUCCAAGACUUUUUUAAGUUAAGUAUUAGACCCAAGUUUCUCUUUGUUUUGCAUUGUAUGUUUGGCACUUUUAUUAAAGAAAAAGAUAAAUUGUCUACAAGGAACUGUUGAGGAGCACAGCAUGUCGUUCUUGGUUAAAAGAUUAAAAAUGGAUAGUCUGUUUUACCAAAAGAGAAAACUGAAAUGAAAUUUAAAUCUAACCAGUUCAACCACCAAUAAAAGUCUAAAACAUGUACUACAUUUUCAUCCUCACACUUACUCUCUUGGGCCAAAUUGGGGUUACAUUAGGCUACUUAACACUUGAAAUUGCAGGCGGUGAGUAUCAUUUUGUUACCCGUGCAGCUGAGUCAGCAGGUAGCUCUUCUUACCGCUGUCUGCAGGGGGAACACAAGAUCACUUUCCACAGAGAUGCAUUAUUUAUUUCACAGUGCAGCUGAAAAAACACACGGUUGGUCAUUUCAAGCCACAAGUGUGUCAUUUUGAAGGUCACCGUACAAUUUUAACAACAGCCUGUGUUUAUGAUGGUCCUGAUGUAGACGGCCAAGAGAUAUGAGGCCAGCUGUGAGACUGUGUCAGGUACACUGACAGAGAGUAGUGUCCUUGAGUUCCCUGCACUUGAGUUGAUUAAACCUGAAUAGUGAGUAUGUUUUUCUGUGGAGAGAGCAUCCUCAUAUUGAAGAAUGUGAUUGUUGUAUAUUUCUUUGUUUACAACAAGUCCAGUUUUCUUGUAGAGGCGUUCCAGUUGACAGCCUUUUGUCUUGAGUUGGUGCAGUGCAGGUGUAAACAAGGGGGCAGAAUGGGAAAAGGAGACAGACCAGGUUUUUGAGUGGAGCCAGGGUGUUUGAGGGACUUUGAAGACCAGUAUUGUAAUGAGAAACCAGUUUAUCAGGGGCGAGUACACUGUGGAAGUUGGGGAGACUGUCUAUACCAGUUUAGAUUAAUGUCCUCGAUAUGUCAGAAUGAAAUUGUAUGGGGUAUUGUUGUAGUGGAUAGGGGUAGGUUUACAUUAAAGGAUAUUGACAUGUAGUCAGACAAAGGGAGAUUAACAGCAGUGCAGUUAAGAGGGGUAACAUCAGAACAGCAGAUUAAAUCCAAAAUAUGUCCUUUAGAGUGAGCAGGAAAGUCAAUAUGUUGUUGUAAUCUGAGACUUUUAAGGAAGGAUGUAAAGUCCUUUGUGCAACCCAUUGUUAAUGUUGUCCAUAUGGCUAUUAAAAUGUCCAAAUAAAUAAUAUCAUCGAUCAAGUGUUGUCAUUUCAUAACACAGAGUUCACCUCUCAAUAGCAGGAGAAAAUCUAAAAACCGUUACAAAGAAUGCUUAACCUUUUUGUAGAAAAUGCUCACCUUUGCAAUGAUGACUUUCAAAGGUGAACCUUGAUCCUGCUGGACCAUGGCUGGGAAGAAAGGGAGGCAGUGGAGGUCCAUGUGCAAAGGCCUGGUCCUGGGUACCCUCCUGACCAGCUGUAUGAUCCUGCUUUACUGCCUCUCCACCCCAGAGAUCCAUCUCAGCCUGCCUGAGUAAGUCAUGUCUCACUGAUUUACAUGCACAUAGUGAAGUUAUUGCACUUAAGGGUUAGAGGGGGGAAAGUAACUGAAAAAGUACUAUCUAGUAAGGAUAAAACAAAUAUCUGGCAUGCCUUGAACUGAAAGUAAACUUCAUCCACAUUAUUGACACACCCACAGAGUUAUUGUUUCCCUUGUUUUCCUUUCUCUAGGGUUCCUGUACCUUAUUCCUGUGCCCACCGCCCAUCCCAGCUCCAUCCUAAAUCAACCACCAACACGUCCCAACAAACCUCUGGUCAGACCUGCACUCCCAAAGUGGAUAUCAUGUUCAUGAAGACCCACAAAACAGCCAGCAGCACCUUCCUUAACAUCCUUUUCCGCUUUGGAGAGAAGCAUCGGCUGAAAUUUGCCUUCCCUAGCAGCAGAAAUGACUUCUUUUAUCCGUCUGUGUUUCAGCGUUCUCAGGUUAAAGACUACAGACCUGGUAUGUGCUUCAAUGUUAUCUGUAAUCACAUGCGCUUUAAUGCAAGUGAAGUGGCCAAGCUGCUACCUCUGGACACUUCCUACAUCACCAUCCUCAGAGACCCUGCUGAGCUCUUUGAGUCGUCCUUUCACUACUUUGGGCGGCUGGUGCCUUUUACCUGGAAGAUACCGGGUGAUGACAAACUAUCUGAGUUUCUACAAGACCCAGAUUAUUACUUUGAUAAAGAGGGUUUUAAUUCUUUCUACCUCAAGAACCUGCUGUUCUUUGACUUUGGACAGGACAACACUUUGGGACUGGAUGACCCACGUGUAGAAGAAGGAAUCAAGUUCAUCACUGAACGUUUUCAGCUGGUCAUGUUGGUGGAAUACUUUGAAGAAUCUCUUAUCCUGCUUAAGGACGCCCUCUGCUGGGAGAUGGAUGACUUGCUGUUCUUCAAGCUCAACGCCCGUAAAGGCUCCACUGUGUCCAAACUGACCCCGGAGCUGAGGGCCAAGGCUCUGCAGUGGAACGCCAUUGACUGGAAGCUCUACCAGCACUUCAACCAGACUUUUUGGAAGAAAGUAGAUGCAUAUGGACAGCAGAGGAUGGCUAAAGAUGUGGCAGAGCUCAGGAGAAGGAACACAGAGAUGGCAUCCAUCUGCAUUGAGGGAGGUCAAGCUGUAGAAGCUGGCAGCAUUCAAGAGACAGCCAUGCAGCCGUGGCAGCCCAUCGGAGAGAAGUCCAUCAUGGGAUACAACCUGAAGAAGAAUGUGGACAAGGCACAUUGGAAACUGUGCCGCAAGAUGUUAAUGCCAGAGCUGCAGUAUUUAACAGAGCUUGGGGUCAACCUUUGGAUCACCAAACUUUGGGGGCACGUACGAGACAUCAUUAACUGGUGAUUUAACCUGUGAGCUCAAGGGGCCAAUUCAACUCUGAAACACUGGACUGAAAAAAAGAAGGAGAAUCAGACAGUGUGGCUGAUGGAGUGAAAGGUUUCAGAUUGAAGUCAUAUUUCAGUCUUGAAACCAGUCUCACUUGGUGGAAAUGUUUCCACUUGUCUUCCCAUGAUUGUGCACUUUGGUGUUUUUUUAAAGGUGUUAGAAAAAGAAAGUAAAUAGACCUUACAAUCUAAAACUACUGAUCCAGUUUACAAGGGGCAGUAUGGAGGCCCAAGAAGACAUGAAUCCACACAUUUAAUCUAAUAAUUUGACCUGUUUUUUUCUGUCAAAGUUAAUUUUACUUGUCCUCCUGUGAUCGUAACUUCACAUAGGAUGACCACUUCUUGAAUCUCCAUAAGAGUAUAAAAUAGGAAUAGGCUUAACUUACCUCAUUAUUGUGGGCAUUAUGGCAGUAAAGCCUUUCUUGGUCUGGUCUAUCGCAGUGACCAGUCUAUUAAUUGUUGUCUGGAUCUAGAUUUAUAAGAGAUUAUCCACGGAAAUGACAAGAAAAACUAAAGGAAAAAAAGAAAAUAACUAAGAAAAUAAAAAUGGAGUAAAUAAAAUCCAUGCAUGCAUGGCCACUUGGGCAUCCAUAAAGAUAAAUCCUGGAUUUUCUUUCCAUUGAAGAGACAUUAUUCUCAAAAACAAAAUAGAAGAUCCUUAUUCAGGACAUAUUCUAGAGCAAUAAAGACUGCAAUUUUGCAACCCCUGCCAAAUUUUUGAAGUUGCUUGAAGAUAUGAAAGUUAAAAGUUUGAAAGUUGAACCAUUAAAACACUCAUAUAAAGAUACUGAAUGUGAGUAUUAAUCCCAUCUUAAUCUACAUGGACUUCAAUAUAAGUUAUAACUCAAAAGGAGAGAAAGUUUAUGAUACUGAUUUUUCUAGUGACAGACAUUUUCACCAGUUUUAGCAGGGGACGUAUGAGUGCAGCUAAUAGCAAUAAUAAUGUGCUUGCUUAAAGGCCCCAAAAUAUUAUAUCAUCUAUAUUGUAUUUCUAUGCAAAGACAUCAAUGAAUAAAAACUUAAAUUCAGCACUGUGCAAUCACUUUUGGAAGAAUGAUUUCUCAAUUAUCUACUUUUUUUUUUCUUUCCUUUUGGAUGUCAAGCUAUGUAUGUCCUGCUUAUGGUGUAACACUUCUCUUCUCUUAGGCAUUUAUGUGUAGAAAUCUCUCCUCUGGCCCCUGAUAGCCCCACCUUUACAUUCAAGUAUUUACUCCUACCAGGUGUUUUUAGCAGCACAUUAUGAAGUGGUUGGGUAGUGAGCCAAAAAUGAGCAAACUAAGGUAAACCCCCUUUAAAAGGCACUGAGACAAUGACAGCUAAGUCUGUUUGCACAGACCUGUAAUCUCAGCCCACUGGAACACAGAUAAACACAUUUAAUGUGUUUGUUUGUGUGUACUCAGCUCUUCUAUUUGCCCAACACCUUUUUGCGUCUUUACUCUGUAGUUUUACUACAGUCAGUGUUUUUGAUUCUUCUUGUUUUUUCUUUUGUCAUUCAGUUAAUGGCUCCUCUAUCUGUAACUUAGGUGACUAAUUUUGUCUUUCAUCCACCUUCCCCCUUUUUCUUGGCAAUAUGUGAAUAAUAUGUUGUCUGAUUUAUGUAAUUAAAGCCUCCUCUUUACUCUGUGACUGUGUUUCAUCUGAAUCACAACUGUGUAUAACAGCUUAAAAAAUAUCUCUUAAUAAACCUUGCAUUCUUUGGACCGGU